AUGACCAGAAGAGUAGUAGCAUUGGUUUUAGCAGCAGUUGCGUUUAUAGCACGCACAAAGGGAAGCAUGCUGGAAUCUAUCGGAGUGCCUGCGCCGCCCUCGCGCAUGGAGGCAGCGCCUGGCCAUCGCCCGCAUGUCCAAACAGAGCCUUUGGCGCACGUGGCCCCCGAAGAUAUAGAGCACAUAGACAGCGCUGUAAAGUCAGGCCUGGGUGCGGCAGCAAGAAAAUACAGCAGCAAAAAGCAGGAAAGGACAAAACGAGAGGUCGGCCUGCACCAUCCAGGAGGUCUGCACGCCGAGAACAUAGCAAACAUAAUAGACGGAAGGCUGAAGGCUGGAGACCAGAACUAUUCUGCGAAUCUGCGGGAGCUGCUUGGGCGCAUAAAAACCCACAGAGAAAACGAAAUAGUGCAGAUCAAAGUGCAUAUAUCCAGCAUAGUGAGGAGGAAGCGCUUGAUAGACAAAAACGGCAGGCUUAACUGGGGGGCCAUUCUAACAGCUCGGCUGCCUGACAGCCUGUCCGAGGAGUUUUCCAGCCUCCCAGCCAUAAAAGAGCAAGGCCUGCAAAGUCCUUUGGAUAGCGCGGCCAGCUCCGCAAUAAACAGCGCCAACAUAAAGUACAUACAAAGCUUGUGCAGCUCUGCCAGCGCGGCAGAGCUCGAGGCGGAAAUCAAGGAAAUCGAAAAGUUUAUGUUCCACGAGCUGAAGUUCCUUAUGGGCGCGGUGUACUUGAUUGAGGAAAAAAUUUCGGAUGUGCAUUUUAUGCACAACACGCCAAACACUGUGCAGGCGCUGAAGGAAAAGUAUACAGAGCUCAUGAACAGCGUCAGGCGCGAAAAAAGCGUGGUGUUUUCAAAGAUCAACACGGCGGCUGCCGAAAACAAUCUGCAGAGCUCUUGCACAGACGUAACGAGCUACUUGAUACAACUCAGCCAGAAAAUAGCCGACUUUAUUGGAAGCCUAAGAAGGUCGCACAGCUGGCUGGUUUCUUUCUUUAAGAGCCAGCUUACAAGCUAUUUGGAGAAGCAGCCAACCCUAUCAAGCCAAGGGAAUAUGUACAACCAAAGACACAUGCUGGACGUGAGCAUAAACUAUUUGCAGAGCGUGAAGAGCAUGCUAGAAGUGGAUCUGCAGCAGGUCUUGUUUGCAGAAAGCUUUCUAAACGCACAGGAAAAAGCCGGCCAGCGCGCAGGGGCUCCCCUGAACAGAAGCGAGCUAGCAGCAUAUCACUCAACAAACAACAUGAACACGGGCUUCAUGAGCACAUACAUGUUCAAUGACCCUGGCUUGAGCUUCUUGACUAGCGACAGCGAUACAAGCCACAAAAGCCCGAUAGGCAGCCCUCCGCAUAGCAACCACCGCAAACCGGCCGCGCUGAGCAUGCCCCACAGGGGCCCAACAGCCCCUUACCCUACCAGCACCCACGCCACAACCCACGCCAGGCCCCAGCUAACUCCGCCGCAGCCUGCGCCCGAGCCCUACAUAGAGGAAAUGACCAAACUGCGUGAAAGAUUUUACCGGGCUGCGGCAAAGCUGAGGGCCGAUUUUGGUGAGAACAGCGAGAAAAAUGUCUUAAAAGACUUUUUGGAGGAAAUAAGCAAGCCUUCGCACGGGAUUCAAGAAGCGCAGAAUUUUGUUUCGCUGCUAGAAAACGCGCUGGGCCUCGGCCAAACGGAGCGCGCGCAGGACCUGUAUGCCGCGCUUGUAAACUGGGAGACUCUUGCCGAGGAGAAAAAGCCGGAGGAUCUUCAGCAGAAAAAGGCGCUCGAGAGCGAACUCCAAGCCUAUGCAGCGAAAAAGUUGGAGGCGGAAAAAGCUCUGCAAAGGGCGAUUAAAGCAAACGAGGCCGAGGCAAACAAAAGGAAGAGCGCGGAGAUAUGGGCAGAGGCUUUUCUCAGCGAGAAAAGAACCAAGCUGGCAGAGUUAACUGCAAAGGAAGAGAAGGCAGCCGUUCAGCUGAGAAGCAAGCAAAGCGACCUUAAAAAAGCGCAUGACACAGAGGCCGGGCUGGAAAAGAAAAUCCAGGACAUUACUAAGCAGAUGGAGGCGAUUGGUGUCCAGCAAAGAAAACCUGCUGCCACAAAAGACCUGGACAAGGCCCAAAGCGACAGCCUCGAUCUGAGCAUCCAGAAAGAGAAGCUAUCUGAAAAACUAGAGAAGGCUGUGGCCGCAGUGAACGCAUACAAGCUGCUGGAAAAAAAGCUAGAAAAGCACACCCAGCUUGUAGAUGUGCUGCAGCACAUGCUAUGCACCUUUGAAAAGCCUUUUGAAACGGCGGUGGGUAAUAAGAAAAAGCGCGCCGAGUGUGCAGAGGCCGCGCACAAUCUGGCAGAAAAAGGCGAUUUGCUGAAGCAGGCACAGGACUUUGUUGACGUGCUGUGGAAGGGCAGCUCCAGCAAGCCGUCCAAAGAAAACAUAAAAAGCGCGCUAAACCUGUACGAAAGCAGCCAAGCCUAUCAGCAGCACGCCGAAAACGUCACAAGCCAGGUGAAUGACUGCACGCACAAAAAGCAAGACGCCAAGCAGGAAAAUUUAGUGCUGAAUCUAAAGCUGAAAAAAAAUGACGCAGAUGAACUUUUGAUGAAUUCGCGAAUCUUGAAUAUGCAGGUAGCCAUAGAAAGCAUAGAGAACGAGAAGAGUCAGCAGAGAGAGCUGAACGAAGCACAGCAAAAAGAGCGCACUGAGAAAGAAGCGCAUCAGGCCGAGCUGAAAAAGCUGCUCGAGCGUGUUGCGGGGCUGACGGGGGUUCCUGCUGAGCAGCUGGGCGCGUGCGCCGGGGAGCCGGUGGGCGCUGAGGCGCUGGCCACGUGCACAGAGCAUGUGCUAAGCCAGAUUAAAAAAACAAUGCGCGAAAUUGACCAGCUGACAGACGACACAAAAAGGGCAGAAGACGAGCUGGCGGCCUGCGAGAAGAAAAAGGCCUUGUAUGAAAUGAAGUCCCUUUAG